GCUGUACGAGCCUGGCCAGCUGCCCAGGAUGGCCGGGCCUUGGCUCCGCCGGUGCGUGUAAUGUGGCUACUAACUUCGAUUGCUUUGCGAAAAUAUAGGGUGUGCAUGUGUACACCAACGUCCUUUACUGGGUCCGCCCUAGCUAAUGACUAUGAUUCUGGUAUUGCGGUGUUUCUAGGGCCUGCCCUAGCAUGCUGACCUGAGUUGGGUAGCUGAUUCAUCUGUUGUUAUACUGCCUCGAUCUAUGGUUUAGGGUAAAGUUUUGCAGCUGAUCAAUCAUACCUAGAUUGAUUGAGCUAAUGUCUGCACUUGACCUUGUCGGUUUUACUAGUUUCCAUAACGGUGGAGGAGCUGGAUGUUGCAUGGUUUUCUAGAGAAUAGGCUUGAUAGUAGCCUGUGAGCGAUGUGUUAUGCGAUGAAGCAAUGUGGCAUGUUUGAGGCUCUAGUUAUCAGUUUCCAGUUAUUAUGUGGAUUAUGCCAGAUCUGUCAUCACGUUGAUUGUCUUGUUGGUCUGUGUGAAGUGAUGACAUACAUGUGCGAUGUACGGUUGAUUCUUUUAAAACCAUACCUUUUCCUUGUGGGUCUUAAUGAUUCCUUGUUUAACUAUUGUCAAUAAUGAACUGACUUUUCUUGAUUAAAUCAACAACUGUUUUGCGUGAAAAACUAUGUAUUUUGUUGAAGUGGCAUUUUCUUUUUGAUUAGCAAGUUCUGAUCAGAUAGGUCAGAAGUGCCAUCUAUAAUGCCGUUAAUCAAAUAAUCCUGAUGUAGGGAUGUGAGGGAAGGUGUUGUUUGUGUCGUGUUCUUCACUUAGUUACAGAGGUGCAAUAGAUUAGCACACCAAGUUUCUGAGUUGCAGUUCCUUUGUAAAAUUUUAUUUGUUUAUGUUUGAUUAGCACACGCCAUCGUGGUUCACAAAUAUGGCCAAAUCUAAUAACCUCUCAUGCACCUACAGCAGGAAAGAAAAGUUCCAUCAGUAUAAUUUGUAUUAUAACGAAUACUAUUUCGAUGAACCAAAUUUGACAUGUCAUUAGACCUGUUACUAUUACUACUGAAGCCUUUACCACCAUUCCAUCCUUUUAUAUUUAAUCCUUUUGUUGGAUGGUAAUCUACAUUGCUUUGUUAUCGUGGCUUUUAUUUCUAUGCAUUGUUAUUAAGGCAGUAAGGUGAGGUGUGGCGACCCAUCUCCUUCCAGACGCCUAGGCAAAUUAGGCGCGCGGCAAGGCGACACGAUACACAUACCCUCACUUACAUCAGAGCAGGACAAAAAUACAUUGAUACAUAUACCUUUUUUGCUGCCAGUUUUAGAGCCUAUGCACAAGCAGCCGCCACCCACUAGUUAGAGCAGUUUAUACCCUUUCCAAGCACAAUCAGCAUACCAAAUCAAAGGAGUAUAUCCAAAUCCAUGUCCAAGAUCCAAGCAAGCAUAAGCAAUAUAGUUCACUUCUGAACAGAGGAAGGAAAGGAGAGGAAGAGCAGAGGAAGGAAGUGAGAUAAAGUGCAGAGGAGGGGAGAAGAAGAGGUACUUGUGAGCCAAUUGAAGAAGGGUCCUGGGCCACUGGCAGGGAAUAGAGCAGAGGAAGGAGACACUAAGUCCACGUAGAAGCGGAAGCAGGCAUGAAUUGAUGGCAGGCGUGGAUUGGUGGGUGGAGGAUGGACACCAGAGGCUGACGGAGGAGAGAUCAGAGGCGCAAAUCGGUGGAUGCCGUGAGUCGCAGUAGGAGCCGCGAAUCGGCGGAGCGGAAGGGGCGGGAGCAGCUGGAUGAGGUGGACUUGCCGCUGGAUUCCAGGUGCUGCCACCGCCAUCUUCCCUCCCCUUCUCUCCUCUCUUUCCCUCCCCUUCUCUCAAUUGGCGAGCCGCAGGGAUGCUGCGUGUUCUCGCGGGAGGUAUUGGGCUAUAGGCACGCAAUUUACCCUCCGCGUGCUUAGCUCCCUCUUGUUUUCCCCACGCGUGGCUCCUAAUUUUCCCAUGCGCACAUUGCUCUACAAACUUUUCCUUUUGUGCGCAGCCACCUUUUUGCUCACACGGUGUUGGUGCCGUGCCUUGGUGAUGACUUUUCACGUGAGGCGACACCAUAUGCAGGGAGGUUGCGGUGGGCACGACACCUUGAUUUGAACGCCCAGAUGCCUAGGCAACGACUAGGCGAUGCCUUAAUAACCAUGUAUCUAUGCUCCAGCCUACCCCAACUUGCUUGGAACUAAUGGUCUGUUUGGUUGCUUGUCUUAGGACCUAGCCAUGCUAGGCCUCAGUCAGGUCAGUCCUGGGUCCUGACCUGGUUGGAGCAAGCAUUUUGCUCAGUGGUUGGUUUGCCUACAGAGAUUAGCCCGUAUUCCAAACGUUGUGUUUGGUCGUCUAGCUUGUAUUGGAUAUGUUCUGUUGUGGUGAGUUUUAUUUGGAUUACCUAUGCUUCACACAAGAACUACCAUCUCCUCUUUGUUUCUCUCUGUUCCUUUCCCCAAAUCUGCAGCGCAAGAUUCUCAUAUAAGGAUUCCAAGUAAACUGAUUGUUUUGCAGCAGCAGUAAAAUUCAAGUGAUGGAAUUCACAAGUGAUGGUAGCACCAAACAACUCGGAUCAUAUCACUCAACAUGGAAUUGAAUAUGAUUUGAUAUCAGAAACCAGUAAACCACCUGUCAAUUCAGUGCAUGUCUCAGGUUCUAAAAACUAAUUAGCAGAAGCAAUCUAAUCUGCUCACCUAAGUACACUUGCUUGCAGCAAAUCACUGUAUUUCCAAUGAUUCUGAUGUCUGGUAGUGGGAGAACCUGAGCUUGGUUCAAUGCCGUGGACCUGUGUCAUGGGGCGUGUCAGGCUGGUGGCAGUGAGGAAGAGCCCAAAGCCUUUUUGGGCCUGCUGACACUGAAGUUGCAUUUUACAAGCCUGUCCAUGCCCUAAUCCAGGCAACCAAACAUACCCGAAAUGGACUUCUUGUUAUAUCCAUGCUCCAUUGAAUUGAACCUAAUGUGUUACAAUUGUAUUUGCUUAUAUAUACUCGAUAGAAGUUGUGUUCCUUUUUAUUUGGUGUAGGAUGUGAAGGGGGCCGGGGAAGGUUUAAAACCCAGAAAAACUAGUAUUAAAAAUUGAAACCACCAAGUUGAAAUCUAGGUGCACCUGGGAGAUCUUACGAUGAAAUUUUCAUAAGUGAUUUCCUGGAUGAUAGAGGUACUCUACUUGAGAUCUUCUGAAAAGAAAAAAAGGAUAUCCUUGAGGGGAGAUACAGCUGCAUGGAUACGUAACACGUUUUGGCACAUACUUGGAGUAGUUUGACAAUAGAUACACCAGGAGUAAGGUUUUUGUGGAGUGACUGCUGCUGAGAAGAAACCAAUGAUGCAGUCUCGUGAUGUUGAUAAAUAUUUGAACAAAGCUGACAACGCUAGCCAUGUGCUCAUGAACUCUGAUGAUACUUCUAUAAUUGGUGGUCACUGCCUGCAUGGUUUGGGGACUCAGCUGGAUUCUGAUGCUCAGAGAUUGAGUAGCUCAUCCCCUGGUGAUAAUCUGGACAACAAAAUCAGAAGGCCCUCCAGAUUAUGUACCUUUGAUGUUCAAGGCCGGUGCAAGAAAGGAAGGAGCUGCAUCUCUCUUCAUGAAAGAGAGGGAAUAGGUUCUGCAAAGGCUGGUCUGGAUGCACCAGCUGGUUCUGGAAAUCAUAGAGGUUUUGAAGAAGGAUCUCAUGUACAACAUAAAUCUGAAUUGAAAGUGCCUCAGUUCAAGGAUUCAGAGGGUUUAUCAAAAGAUGAAAUGUACCGGAAUCUUAUUUAUGCGUUUGGCAAAGAUAAUCAGAUGUCUGCACAUCUUGCUGGUAAACACAGCUCUCCCAAUCCUGGGGUUUCAAAAAGGAUGCCCGUCAACAUUGGUGAUUCAUUGACUGAAAAGCCUACUGCUCAUGCAAAUGAGCUGGCGCAGAAUCCAGUAGUUCAUGAGAAGAAGAACAAACGUUUCAUGGGACACCAUAUUGGUUUGGCCACUGAAAACUAUUUGGAUGCUAGAGGUACCUAUUCAAGAUUAGAUGGAGGUAACUUUCAGUUCGGCACGGACAAGGGAAGCAGUGAUAGUGAUUCCCAUGUCUCAAGAACUUACCUUUCAGACUAUCCAUAUCAAUCGUUUGGCUUGUCUGUUUCAUCUGAUCCUCUCCAACUCGGUGAGAAGCUGUCACCAUAUGGUGGAGCGACAAAGACUAUUCCUAACAUACAUCAGAAAGAACAUCACUCAUUCCAUGCUUCAUACAGCUCACAUAGCUUAACAGGGUCCAGAAAUCCUUGCUUUGCUACCUCUGAACGUUCUUUCGGUAGCCCAUCUCUUCUAGCAACUUCUCAUCUGGGAAUACAGUCCCAUCAUCUGUUCACAUCUGAUAUUGAGAAGGCUGAUCUCCAUAGAUACCUUGAUGUUGGAAAGGGCUGUGGUACUUCUAGUUCUGGACCUGCAUUGUUUGUGGGCAGUGAACCUGAACCUUAUAUAAUGCCAGCUGGGUCCCACUCUCCAAUCAAGGAUGAGGUCUGGGAAACAUCAGUGCCUUUUGUACCGUCUUUUAGUUUUCCUGAUAAUACAACACUUUCAGAAAGUCAGUAUGACCCAUUUGUUGACUAUGUUGAACCUCCUAAAGUUGGGAAUACAAAUAAUCUCAAGCCCUCCAAUAUAUCCAGCAACAUUUCAAGUCAGCAUACAAAUCAGUAUGCAAAUGCACAUGCUUGCUUGAUUGCUCCUGAUAGAGGACGCAGCUCUAGCCUGGAUGAUAUUAUCAAGGUCAAAGCUUAUGACAGAAAAAAGGAUGCAGCUUAUAACAAUGAGAAAACAAGGGACUUUCGCUUUCAUUUGGCAGAACAUAUAAAGGAGUUGGUCAAACCAAUAUGGAAAAAAGGUAAUCUGAGUAAAGAUGCUCAUAGACUGGUAGUGAAAAAAUCUGUUGAGAAGGUUGUGGACUCAAUUGAGCCAAAUCAAGUACCAACUACUGAAGAGUUGAUUACCAAGUACAUAGCCACCUGUGGACCAAAGAUAGAAAAACUUGUGAAGGCAUAUGUUGAUAGGCACAGCACACCAUGUCAUCCAACCUUCAAGUACGGCAGCACAGAGAUGGGAGCUUGAGCUUGAUGGUGAUGACAGCUUGAGCCUUAUGUCGUACCAAUCUGGUUAACCUUCAUUUGUAGGCCCAGCAAGUUAAUAUUGGAAGCAGUGCAUACAAACAUAGUAUGUCUGACUUCUUGAGGGAAGUCAGCGAAGUUCCAGACAUUGGUGCAUCUGAUGUCAUUGCUGAUGAUAAGCUUGGCAAAGGAGGAAAGUGGAAGAUGGAAGCGAGGAGGAAUUAAAGAGGACAAGAAACGAAGCAGAAAACCAUACAAGCAAUGGCAGAAGCUGUGCGAGGGGUUGUGUGAGAGGCUGCCGCGGUGGACAUGGAACUUGGCGGGGGUGUCAUGACUCAUGAACAAUUCGUGGAGAACUAAUCUAGCAAGCUAGCCAGCCUAAAAGUCUACUACACCAAUGAGCAGUGCCAGGGCUUCCCUAAGGAACAUUGACUUGAAUUUAGAUCCAACUGAUGAAGAGUAUGAGAUUACAGUGCCACCCCAAGCCCAGUCAUAAGCUCCAGCAACUAAUUUAGCUGCAGCCAAUUUAGGACUAAUUGCUCCAGCAACUAGUUCCAUUGCAGCCACUACAGGACCAUCUGUUCCACUUUCUGGGGCUUGGGAACUGCCUGACAUGAACAAUGGGCCCUGUCCAGUUUGCUUUGUCAAAAAACCAUAGAUUGGAGAGGAUGAGGAUUAUGACAAUCAAGACUAGCUCCGCCUUCAUAGCUUCAGAGUGGAUAAGUAGGAUAGCCCGGACAAUUGUAGGUUGAGCUUAACUCUGUAGAAAUUCUCAUGUAUCAUGCGUUUCAUAGCCGCCGAAGCUGCAGAUGUAUAGCUUAUAAUGUACCCGGAAUAGAAAUUGGCUAUUUCUACAUAGGGAAAGUCGUGCAAUGAAAAAUGCAAGCAUGAUUUGGGGAGGGGUUUUUUCUAUUGUAACAAGGAAGAAUUAUCUACUCCAUCUGACUAGUUCCGAGUUCGAGUCCUGGGCAACCCAUAUGGAAAAUUGAAAAGAGCAAUCUGAGUUUUUAAUGUUUACUAACUUCAUUUCCAAAAAUUUUGGAUUUGGUAAAGUUGUACAAAAAUCCAAUUGUUGGGGCUGGCUUGUUGACUGUAAUGUUUCCAAAGUUAGAUUCGCUCAACAGGUAGUGCUUUUGCAUAUAGUAGCAGUUGUACAUUCCAGUUGCUCUCCAGUUUAAUGUUAAUUAUGUCUAUGCUUCAUUAGAUAGUUGAGGAAGAUCUUGCUACUUUUCCAUUGAGAUGUAUUUCAUGUCCAACAACUAAAUCCUUUUUCAUUGUUAUGCUCCAGCAGCCUCCAGCGAAAAGCCUGUGAGCCUUCAGGGGAAAACACAUCAUCGCACUGGGAGAUGACACCUUUAUUUCUUUCCUGAAACAUGGUUAUCCAAACACAAGGGAAAACUUCCAGAGUGAUCACCACUUGCUAGUACAGGUUUUGCAAAGCUAUUUCAGUGUUAUUCCCUCCUAUUUUUUGUGCUACACCUGUGAAAGAGCUUGUACCUCAGGUCAGGUGACUGCGGCAUUUGCAGCUGCUUGAAGUUCUUCCACAUCGCCCACACCUUGGCCUUGUACAGCUUCUUGGUGCUGCCCGCCUCCUUCACCUUGACAGUAAACUGGUGCAUGGUCCCGGCCACCACCUGAUACCUCACCUUCACCGACCUCACAAACUUUAGUAUCGCGUUCUGCACAUAUAUUAUACAUGUGAUGCAUCAUCAGUGGUGGCUCCAAUGAUCUCAACUUGAAGGUGUGAAGGUGGUGGUUUAUGCAGAGGGACAUGUCUUACGGUCUUGCCGUUGUGCUCUGCGUUUGUGAAGCACACGAGCUUGAUGGCCUCGAGGCCUUUCUCGCACCCUGCCGGUGUGUCCUGGACGUCGUCCACCAUCCCCACAGGCCAUUCGUCUUGGCCAUGGCUGCUGGAGUUGAGCAGCUGUGCAGUGGGAGAAAGAGGAAGCUGCAGUGAGACGAGACAGAUGACAGCGGCCACUCCUGCUUUUAGUAGUAGAGCAGCAACAAAUAUUGUUCCAUGAAGCCAGAUCAGCAUAAGUCUGGAGUGGAGGACGGCCAGGUUUUAACUUCUAAGUAGAUGUGUAAUUUAUUGCAUGUUUAUUCAAUUCAAUUUCAAUCGUUCCUCGCGGUUCUUGAA